UGGUCACUCUCUGUUCCCGUGAUGUCCUACAUUUUUUGGCAGCAAAAGAGUAUAUAUAGUUCAUGUCCUAGCAAGAAUGAACCACUAGUUCACAACAGCUGAAGCAAAUCUUCCAAAAUGUUCGCUAAGAUUGCUCUCCUUCUCGCUGCUCUUGCAGCAGUUGAUGCCACUGUCUUGGCUCCUGGACUUCUGAAUGCCGGAAUCGUGGGACCUGCCGCCGUCUCCACCUCAUCCGUCGUCGCCAUCCCUGGAGCAGUGACCACCGACAAGAGGGUUAUCGGAACCACUGGACUUAUUGGCGCUCCCCUCCUCAGCUCCGGAAUAAUCGGAAAUGGACUCCUGGCCAAUGGUCUGAUCGGUGCUCCAGUUCUCAACAGCGGUCUUAUCGGUGCUCCAGUUCUCAACAACGGUCUUAUCGGUGCUCAAUUCUCAACAGCGGUCUUAUCGCAGGUGCCCCCCUUCUCAAUGCCGGCAUCGUCUCCCCCAUCGGUUUGAAAAGUGCCGGAAUCCUCGCUGCUCCUGGCCUUGUCAAGACCAUCUUGUAAUUUAUUUAUUGAAGGAAAGAAAACUACUUGUAUAAAACUGAUGUGACUCUACUUUCUGCUGAAUGUCUCUUUCAAUUUCAUUUAUCGAGAGUGUCUAUUGGAUGUUACUUUUUCGCCGCUUGGCUCUUCAAGAAUUGCUGCUUGAUGCUACUUUUCCUCCGCCUGAUUACUCAAGAAUAUCUACUUGAUGUUACUUUUUUUUCCGCUUGGUUAUUCAAGAAUAUCUACUUGAUGUUACUUUAUCUCCACCUGUUUCUUCAAAACUUUCUAAUGAAUAUUUUUCUUUUAUUUGAUUCUUUAAGAAUUUUUACUGAAUGUUUUUUCUAUCACCUGUUUCUUCAAAAACUUCUUCUGAAUGUUACUUUUUCAAUAAAAGAUCUUCAACAAUGUCUACUGGACGCUACUUUUCCCCUCCUACUUCAACAAAGCUUUCAACUUCAAAAUAUUUUUCCGUCUGGCACUUCAAAUAUUUCUACAGUGUAUUACUUUCGCCAUUCAAGAUUCCUCAAGAAUAUCUACUUGAGAUAUUCUUGAGGAAUCUAGUUGUUUGAGAUGCUGCAAUUCUGCCUUUCUUUGAGUUUUACCUUUUACUUCUUUUAUCUUCAAGUCUUCUUUCUUCUGUUCUUUUUUCGAGCUACUAUUUUGAAUAUUUGUAUUUUUCUUUCUUGAUUGUUUCAUUUUAAUUUAAAAUAAAAAUAUCUGUCUUAUUUAAA